GUGGAGCAGGGGAGGAUGAGGGCAGAGGCGGGCCCGGGGGACGAGGAGGAGCGCCCUUGGGACGCGCAGCGCCGGCGCUUCAGGCAGCUCCGCUACCGGGAGGCCGAGGGGCCCCGGGGGGUCUGCAGCCGCCUCCACGCCCUUUGCCGCCAGUGGCUGGAGCCCGAGAGGCGCAGCAAGCGGGAGAUGCUGGACCUGGUGCUCCUGGAGCAGCUCCUGGCCGUCCUGCCCCCGGAGAUGGAGCGCUGGGUGCGGGGCUGCGGGCCCGAGAGCAGCGCCCAGGCGGUGGCCCUGGCCGAGGGCUUCCUCCUGAGCCAGGCAGAGGAGAAGAAGCUGGAGCAGGUGCAGGAGAAGAUGGUGCAGGAGGGUGACCGUGGAGCAGCUUUUACAGGUGAUGUCUUGAAAUCGGUGAUACAUUCUUUGCCCUCUCUUUGUGACAGAGAGAAAGCUGCUUCUAUGCAGCCCGAUCAGGGUCCAGUGACCUUUGAGGAGGUGUCUGUGUACCUCACGGAGGAGGAGUGGGCCCUGCUGGAUCCGGACCAAAGAAGCCUUCACAAGGAAGUCAUGGAGGAAACCUGUCAGAACGUGGCCUCCCUGGAGGCUGAUGGUCCCCAGAACAAGGUGGAGGGAGAACCAGAGGAGCUGUCAUUGGAUGGGGAAGACCAGGGAAGAAACACUGGACCAGAACUGAACAGGGGCAAUGAAUCUUGUGCUUCUCAGAGUGCUGAGUCACUGGACUUCUCCCCAGAUCAAGGAAAGAUCUAUUGCUCUGUAUGUGGAAAAACAUUCAUUUAUCAGUCUAUGUUUGAUAGACACUGGAAAAUCCACACAGAGGAGAAACCAUAUGAAUGUUUUGAGUAUGAAAAUGCCUUUGUUCAGAAGGAACAUCUUUUGGAAAUCAGAAACAUUCAUACAGAAGGCAAAGCUCAUAAAUGCUUGGAGUGUGGAAAGAGCUUUACUCGAAGUACAAAGCUUACUGUCCAUCAACGAAUCCACACAGGGGAGAAACCAUAUAAAUGCAUGGAGUGCGGAAAAAGUUUUGUUCAGAGAAAUUGUUUUACUACCCACCGACGAAUCCACACAGGGGAGAAACCAUAUAAAUGCUUGAAGUGUGGAAAGAGCUUUGCACAGCAAGGCCAUCUUACUGUCCAUAAACGAAUCCACUCAGGGGAGAAACCAUAUAAAUGUUCUGAGUGUGGAAAGAGCUUUGCCCAGAGAAGUCACUUUACUACCCAUCGACGAAUUCACACAGGGGAAAAACCAUAUAAAUGUUUGGAGUGUGGAAAGAUGUUUGCCUGGAGUUACAAACUUACUACCCAUCAACGAACCCACACAGGGGAGAAACCAUAUACAUGCCUGGAGUGUGGAAAGAGCUUUGCACAGCGUGGCCAUCUUACUGUCCAUCAACGAAUCCACUCAGGGGACAAACCAUAUAAAUGCUUGGACUGUGGAAAUAGCUUUGAUAAGAGUACAAAACUUAGUGUCCAUCAACAAAUCCACACAGGAGAGAAACCAUAUAAAUGCUUGGAGUGUGGAAAGAGCUUUGAUCGGAGUGCAAAUCUUACUAUCCAUCAACGAAUCCACACAGGAGAGAAACCAUAUAAAUGCUUGGAGUGUGGAAAGAGCUUUGCUCAGAGAAGUCACUUUACUACCCAUCGACGCAUCCACACAGGGGAGAAACCAUAUAAAUGUUUGGAGUGUGGAAAGAUGUUUGCUUGGAAUUACAAACUUACUACCCAUCAACGAAACCACACAGGAGAGAAACCAUAUAAAUGUUCUGAGUGUGGAAAGAGCUUUGCACAGCGUGGCCAUCUUACUGUCCAUCAGCGGAUCCACUCAGGGGACAAACCAUAUAAAUGCUUGGACUGUGGAAAUAGCUUUGAUAAGAGUACAAAGCUUAGUAUCCAUCAACAAAUCCACACAGGAGAGAAACCAUAUAAAUGCUUGGAGUGUGGAAAGAGCUUUGAUCGGAGUGCAAAUCUUACUAUCCAUCUACGAAUCCACACAGGAGAGAAACCAUAUAAAUGCUUGGAGUGCGGAAAGAGCUUUGCUCAGAGAAAUUGCCUUACUGCCCAUCAACGCAUCCACACAGGGGAGAAACCAUAUAAAUGCUUGAAGUGUGGAAAGAACUUUGCACAGCGUGGCCAUCUUUCUGUCCAUGAACGAAUCCACUUAGGGGAGAAACCAUAUAAAUGCUUGAGGUGUGGAAAGAGCUUUGCACAGCGUGGCCAUCUUUCUGUCCAUCAACGAAUCCAUUCAGGGGAGAAGCCGUAUAAGUGCUUGGAAGUUGGAAAGAACUUCAAUGAAAGCAAACACUUUAGAACCCAUAAGAGAACCCCACACUGGAGAGAAUCUGUAUAAAUGUUUGGAGUGUGGAAAGAGCUUUGCUAAGAGAAAUUACUUUACUACCCAUCGACUAAUUCACACAGGCAAGAAACCAUAUAAAUGUUUGGAGUGUGGAAAGAGCUUUGCUCAACGUGCCCAGCUUACUGUCCAUCAACAAAUCCUCAUAGGGGACAAACCAUAUAAAUGCUUGAAGUGUGGAAAGAGCUUCAAUGAAAGCAAACAGUUUAGAACCUAUCAGAGAACCCCACACUGGAGAGAAUCUGUAUAAAUGUUUGUAGUGUGGAAAGAGCUUUGCUCAGAGAAGUCACUUUACUACCUAUCAAUGAAUUCACACAGGGGAGAAACCAUAUAAAUGUUUGGAGUGUGGAAAGGUGUUUGCCUGGAAUUACAAACUAUAAAUGCUUGGAAUGUGGGAAAAGUUUUAAACAAAACACACAGCUUAGCUACCAUGAGAGAAUCCACGCAGAAGUGGAAUGAUCUACAUAGAGGAAGUAUGUUCCUCUUACUGGCAUAAAAUAAUGAAGCAAUAAGCAGUAAGCAAAUUUAGCUGAGCAAUAAAGGCAACAAAUCAAUGCCAUGCAAACAGCAAACAAAAGUCAAAUGGAAAUCAAAUAGAGUAAAUGAAAAGCAAAUAAUAAAAAAUAACGCAAUGCGUUACAAAAACACACAAGCAAUGAAAUAAACGGCAGUAAAUCAGAACUGAAUAAAUUUAAAAAGCAAAUGAUCAAAGCAAUUCAAACAGUAAGCAAAAAAUCAAUGGGUUCUAUAAAGGAAUACAUUCAAUCAAAUGGCAAUGAAAUAAAAGGCAAAUGCAACUUUAUACACAAGAUGGAAAAGUGAGUUUUUACAUCUCUUCCCCCAGAGUCCGGAAUGACUGCAGUGUGCAUAACUCAUGUGGAGAAUGAAUCCGUGGAGUUCCACGCCCCCUCCCAAAAAUGUCCAAAAGGCACAAGCGGCUUUUGUCGGGGUAUGCAACAUCUAUGAGUCCUUUUUGAGAGUCCUUUGGGCUGCCAGUCUCCUAUGGAGUUAAAAGGAACACCACAUCAUUUCAUCAACAGGGACUCUCCCCUUGCUACUAUGAGGAUCACCUCCCUGGUGAGCCUCAUCUGUGGAGACGGGUCACCUGUGGGGAAAGAGGGAAGGCCGGUGUGAACAAGCAAGCCAGGCAGCUGGCUUCUCAGCUCCUUACCUGUGGGUCUGCCCUCACCCCUUUUCGAGCCAGAAUGCAGCAAAUGGGAAACAUGUAAGGCAACUUGGGUGGUAGUUGUUAGUCAUUCUGGACCUAGCUCUCCUCCCAUGUAUCAGUGGAAAACAUACCAAGAAUUUCGCUAAGUUCUCCCUGUACACUCUUGCCCUGCCACCAUGUUCACUCUCUCCUGCCUGAUGCUCUAAGUACUCAUGGCAGCGGGCUCUCAGGCAGAGCCUCUGGCCAUGCCCCUACUUAUCUCAGGCAUAUACUCUGGUUUCUCUUCAGAUCGCAUAAAUCUUUCGCCUGAGUACUUAUCUCAG